AUGCUGGGCCGGCACGCCCCGCUGCUCACUCUACUUGGGCUGCUCUCCCUGGGGUCCGUCUCUCCCCAGGAGUGCACCAAGUACAAGGCUAGCACCUGCCGGGAGUGCGUGCAGAUGGGGCCCGGCUGCGCCUGGUGCCAAAAGCUGAACUUCACUGGGCGUGGGGAGCCCGACUCGGUUCGCUGUGACACCAGGGAGCAGCUGCUGCAGAAGGGCUGUGUGUCUGACGACAUCGUGGACCCCAGCAGCCUCGUGGAGGUCCAGAAGGACAAGGCCAGGGGCCGUGCGCAGCUGUCCCCGCAGAGAGUGACGCUUUACCUGAGACCAGGCCAGGCGGCCGUGUUCAAUGUGACCUUCCGGCGGGCCAAGGGCUACCCCAUCGACCUGUACUACCUGAUGGACCUGUCCUACUCCAUGCUCGACGACCUCAUCAACGUCAAGAAGCUGGGCGGAGACCUGCUCAGGGCCCUCAACGAGAUCACCGAGUCGGGCCGAAUCGGCUUCGGCUCUUUCGUGGACAAGACAGUGCUGCCCUUUGUGAACACACACCCCGAGAAGCUGAAGAACCCGUGUCCCAACAAGGAGAAGGAGUGCCAGGCCCCGUUCGCCUUCCGGCACGUGCUGAAGCUAACCAACAACUCCAACCAGUUUCAGACGGAGGUCGGGAAACAACUGAUUUCUGGGAACCUGGACGCCCCUGAGGGCGGCCUCGAUGCCAUGAUGCAGGUGGCGGCCUGCCCUGAGGAAAUCGGCUGGCGCAACGUCACGCGCCUGCUGGUGUACACCACGGACGACGGCUUCCACAUCGCCGGGGAUGGGAAGCUGGGCGCCAUCCUGACCCCCAACGACGGCCACUGCCACCUGGAGGACAACCUGUAUAAACGGAGCAACGAGUUUGACUACCCGUCCGUGGGCCAGCUGGCACACAAACUGGCCGAGAACAACAUCCAGCCCAUCUUUGCCGUGACCAAGAAAAUGGUGCCAACAUAUGAGAAGCUUACAGAGAUCAUCCCGAAGUCGGCAGUGGGAGAGCUCUCGGACGACUCGAGCAACGUGGUCCAGCUCAUCAAGAAAGCUUACAAUAAACUCUCAUCCAGAGUCGUCCUGGAACACAGCGCGCUCCCCGACACCCUGAGAGUCACCUACGAUUCCUUCUGCAGCAAAGGCGCCGCAAAACUGGACCAUUUCCGAGGGGACUGCGAAGGCGUGCAGAUCAACGUCCCGAUCACCUUCCAGGUGAAGGUCACAGCUAAGGAGUGCAUCCAGGAGCAGUCCUUUGUCAUCCGCCCACUGGGCUUCACAGACACGGUGAUGGUGCUCGUACGCCCCCAGUGUGAGUGCCGCUGCCUAGACACCAGCCCCAGCCAGAGCCUCUGCAGCGGCAAGGGUGUCUUGCAUUGUGGUGUCUGCAGGUGUGAGCCUGGUUACACCGGGAAGAACUGUGAGUGCAGGACGCGCGGACGCAGCAGCCAGGAGCUGGAGGGGAGCUGCCGGAAGGACAACAGUUCCGUGGUGUGCUCCGGGAUGGGCGACUGCAUCUGUGGGGAGUGUAUCUGCCACCGGGCCGAUGACCCCAAGAAGCAGACCUACGGCCGCUACUGUGACUGCGAUACCUUCAGCUGCGAGCGAUUUGAUGGGCAGAUCUGUGGCGGCAAGGAGAGGGGGGCCUGUGAAUGCGGCAAGUGCAUCUGCAAGGACAAAUUCGAAGGCUCCGCCUGCCAGUGCAGCACCUCCAUCCAAGGCUGCCUGAGCCAGCCGGGCGUCGUGUGCAAUGGGCGAGGCAGGUGCCAGUGCAAUCAGUGCCAGUGUGACGUGGGCUACCAGACAUUCCUCUGCCUGGAGUGCCCCGGCUGUCCCUCACCCUGCAGCCGCUACGUCUCCUGCGCCGAGUGCCUGCGAUUCAACAAGGGCCCCUACCAGCAGAACUGUAGCACGGCCUGCUCCGGCCUGGCGCUGCAAGAGGACGUGAUCCCGGGCCGGACCUGCAGGGAGCUGGACUCCGAGGGCUGUUGGAUAGACUACACGAUGAAGCAGCAGCCCGGGAGAGAGCGUUACCAUAUCCAUGUGAAGGACAUCCGAGAGUGUGUGCAGGGACCCAAGGUGGCCGCCAUCGUGGGGGGCACAGUGGCCGGCAUCGUGCUCAUCGGGGUCCUCCUGCUGGUCAUCUGGAAGGUCCUGACCCACAUAAGUGACCUCAGGGAGUACAAGCGCUUCGAGAAAGAGAAACUGAAGUCCCAAUGGAACAACGAUAACCCCCUCUUCAAGAGUGCCACCACCACGGUCAUGAAUCCCAAGUUUGCCGAGAACUAGGAGCAAGGCCUGCCAGAGCCACCAGAUAUCUGGAACCACCCCGUCCAGUCAGGUCUCCUAUCGCACAGCCACUGGGACCCACACCCCCCACCCCCGCCACGGGGCGCAGCUCACGGCUCCCAGCCAUGCCCACCCUCGUGAUCCAACAGCUACUUGCCUUGCUUUCUUUUCUCCCCAUCCCCAAGUUGCAGGUGUAGCAGGUGUUCCUAAACUCAUUACAACGGACAGCCUCCCCUUGCUGGCUUGGACAAUUUGGGGAGGGGUGGGGUAGAGACCUAUAAAAGGAGUCAUGUCUGCCUUCUAAGGUUAGAGAGAUGUUUUCUAGUAAGGACAGGGGUCUGACAACGUGUGCACGUUUAUUUAUAUGUAAAGCUUAUAAAUGUAUAGAAUGCCAUUCCAUGGAUUAUACUAUUAACCUGUAUGUGUCAGAAAAGAAAUAAAUAAAACUUCCACAAGGCAUCUGAGAAGCAGGGUUCUGCGCCCUCCAUCCCACCCUGCCUCCAAGGGGGGGGGACACCUGGACAUGGAGUGGUUAUUGCUGGGCCUGCUGGGGCUUUGCCAUGCCGUGAGUGCACCCUGGCUGGUGGGCCGUUGGGCUGAGUGUCACCAUCCUGAUUGUCCUUUAUCCUUCACCUGUUGGCAUGGGCAUACUUGUUCAGGUUUACACGGGGCCUCUCUGAUCUUACAUCCUAAGCAGCUUUCCAGAAGCCACGGGGUUGCACUGUGCAAGGGCUGCUGCCAGGCCUGACCAGGGAGGAGAGCCAGAAAAUGGCUCUCUCUCCCCUUCCCUGCAGUAUC